CCUUCCCACAAAGAAAAGCGGCACCCCUGAGGGUAUUCGUGUGUCAAGAUCAUGUCUGCUGCACGUGGCGCCAGCGCUAUACUGGACGGCAGAGAUGACUAGUAAUGUGUUUUCAGUUGGAUUUGUCAUUCACUAAGCAAUAAGAGAAAACAUAUUUUAUAGUUAUACGUAUAUGGCUCCAUUUCUCACCAUUAAUAAUUUAAAGGACGGUGCAGUAAGAAGAACAGCGUGUUACUCCUCUGUAAAUGGGGCACUCAUUCUGUUUAACAAAAACAAAACAACGCGUGCAAAGGGCUUCAUUCAACUCUCUGUGAACGGUGUUUAUUUAGAGAUUGGCGUUGUUUAAAUAGGAGUGACAGCAGACGCGUGCUCGACUUAUCACUGACUGAGUCCUGUUUACAGACUAUUAGUACAAGUUUAUCUCCCCUACACCACUAAUACGAACAUUAACCGGUUCACAACAACAGGAUACGAACGCGGAAGAAAAUAGCACCAGCUGUGAUUAAUUAAGCUUGCCACUCCGUAUCCGGGAGAGCCGGGGACGCUGGAGGGAACCUGGAUUUUUAAAAACAAUUUCAGGACGUGGAGUUUUUUACAUUUACAGUCUGACAUAUUGUACGUAGAGCUUCACUGUCACCAAGCCGACUACUGAGAUGGACAGAACUUUAGUCGUCUGGUUUAUAUGUGCGUUAAUAGGGGGCGCUUCGGCGACGCUAGACAGCUAUUACAACAGUGUGGAGCGAUCAGCGCCCCAUGAAGAGGCUAUGGCGCGGUUCCUGGUGGCCCGCCAGGCCAAGGCUUUCCUGCACACCAGGCCAGUGUAUCGUAAACGGGUGAAGCGGGGCUGGUUUGACCGCGGUGAGGAGGCUGUGGAGAGAUACAGGGAGAGUUUAGAGUCAGACAGAGAACAGCACCAAGCUUUGGUAGAAAUCAAAUGUCGCCAGCAGUGGCCGUGGUCGGAGUGGAGUCCCUGUAGUGGCCCCUGUGACAGCGGGAAAAGGUCAAGGUCAAGGACACUCAAGGCCGACGCCACAGCUGACUGUAAGAAACUGCCGCCGCCUCCGGACCGCUUUCAGCAGCAGGUGUGCUACAUAAACUGCCGAAAACGAGGCGUUGGCAACGGAGACAAAUGUAUCUGUUAUAGAGGUUAUAUCGGACAAUGCUGUGAGGAAGCAAUAACAUGUCCUCGCCCAGCCAAGCCACAAUACGGGCAUAUAGAGGGCGUGGUGGUGUGGCCGGCAACCUACAACUCUCACCUGUCUUAUGUGUGUGGCAAGGGUUACCGUCUGGAGGGGGACAGGCACAGGACGUGUCAACUGGACGGGAAGUGGUCCGGCAGAGACCCAGAGCCCUGUCAACGCCUGGAGUGCCCUAAUGUCACUGCUCCUGAUCACGGUAUCCUGGUGAACAGUAAAGACAUGUACCUGUAUGGAGACACCCUGGGGUUCCAGUGUGACACAGGGUACCUGCUACAUGGGCCAGACUCCAUGACAUGUGUACAGGAUGUGAAGAAACGAGGCAUGUGGAGCGCCGUGAAGCCGACAUGCCAAGCGCGUUACUGUGGAAAUCCCGGAAUCCCCAACAAUGGCGCGCGAAGUGGUCACGUGUACACUUAUGACGCCUUGUUGACCUUCACCUGUAACCAUGGUUACAAGCUGAUCGGGUCAACAUCCAGAAAGUGUCUUCCAACUGGAUCCUGGAGUGGAAAACAACCCAUUUGUAAAGAGAUCAACUGUGAUCAACUCGAGGCGCCAGCCAAUGGAAAUAUCGCGAGAACCAACGAGAGAAACGGCGUGGGCACCAAACUUGUAUUCUCGUGCGCCAGCGGCUAUGAGCUUGUUGGUAACAGCACUAUUGAGUGUCUGGCGGACGGCGGCUGGACAGGACAAGUUCCAGAAUGUGAAGCUAUAACCUGCAGUAACCCAGGUAAUCCCGAGUUUGGUAUCCGUAUUGAUGACGGGUUUCUCUACAGACAGAACAUCAGUUUUAAGUGUCUUGAUGGUUACGUUCUCCGUGGCCAGCAGGGGGCGGUAUGUAGGGCUAACAGACAGUGGUCAGCACCUGUACCCCGCUGUUUAGCUUGUCCCAAGGACACGUACAAGACGGUAGACCAAGGACAAGAGCUGUGUAUUCCAUGUCCACCAAACUCUCACACCGUCACCAACGCCACGGGCAGCAGACAGCUGUGCAUGUGUAACGAGGGGUUCAUUGGGCCAAACGGAGGACCUUGUCAGGAAAUCAGAUGUAAGGCACAUUCAGCACCUGUUAAUGGCAGCGUGGUCUCAUGUGGAACGAGAGUCGGCGAGACUUGCGUAUUUGCGUGCGACGAAGGCCACGUGUUGGUAAACGGAAGUAGUGUACGCAGGUGCACAGAAACCGGAAGUGAGCAGGGCAGUUGGGAUGGCACUGAGCCCCUGUGUUUGGCUUGCCCAAUAAACACCUACAAGGCCAGUAUCGCCAGCUGUCUUCCCUGUCCUACCCUCACCCAUACCAAUAGCACGGGCAACACGUUACAGGGUUGCAUGUGUGACGCAGGAUACAAGGGCCCGCCUGGUGGACCCUGCACAGAUGAAAACGAGUGCAACUCCAACGAAGGCAAAGGUCCUUGUCAGCAAGUCUGUGAAAAUGCCCCCGGAAGUUACAGGUGCGCAUGCUCCAUUCAAGGCUACGCCCUCGACGUGGACAAACACACGUGCAAAGUGGAGAAGCAGUGUAAGAACCUCACGCAGAGCGAGGCUCCUAAACAUGGCGGUCUGGUUUGCCACUGGUAUCAUGAAGAGAACUCCCAGCAGUGCACACUGAAGUGUAACCCGGGCUAUGACUUCCCCUCUCGUAUCAACGCCUUUGAAACCUGCGGCCCCACCACGGGCUUCCAGUGGUCAUUUAGACGAGUAGACCCCACGGCCCGACUCAGACCUUGCAUAGAGGAGUUCUUUCCCGGUUUCCGACUCGAAGCUGACACUGCCUACUUCACAAAGCAGUGCAAAUUGUUAACCGAGGACGACAAAGAAAUAGUGCGCCGCCAGUUCGCGGAUGCAUUGUCGAAGGAGGGUGUUUGCCGGGCUAGGCGUAUGAAAGUCUGUGACAUGAGAAACAUCGGUAUUAUCUGUGGUGGGGUGAAGCGAAGACGCAAGAGAGGGACCGGGGAGACGGAAGAACUGGACCAAGUGGACAUUGCCUUCAUCUUGGAGGCAGAAAAGUUCAACAGUACUACUGACUGCGACAAAAUCUGCCGUAGACUUCGCAUCCCAACUUACAUCUGUGAUACUCGCUGUAGUUCUGUUUAUCACCGCUUCUUGAGAGCGGCGCUGAUAUACGCCAAGAGGACCCUGUACCGGCUCUACUCAGAACAGAGAAAUAAAGUCGCCUUUGUGGCCGCCAACAGGACAUUUGAGGCCAAAGAGAGAGGAGCCAAGGUGUCCAACGUCAUAGCCCAGUGUGAGGAGGGGAUGAAGGCGGACGACCAGUCCAACUGUGUCCCUUGCCCGGAAGGAACCUUUUUCAAUAAAACAGAAAACGCAUGCACGGACUGCCCGGCAGGAAGUUACCAGCCUUUCACCAAGCAGACGAUCUGUCUUCCUUGUCCUGUAGGAAUGACGUCACAGCCCGGGGCUGCGAUAUGUUCAGAAUGCCCGGACAAAAGAUACGGAGAAAACUGUGCGGAGAUAUGUAACUGUGAUCGAGGGAAGUGUGACGUCAUUUCCGGUCAAUGUUAUUGUGAUAGCGGCUAUGAAGGAUUAGCUUGCGACACAGAUAUUCCUGGUUGCAGAGAGGCCCCAUGUUACCCUGGAGUCACGUGUCAAGACAUCCCAGCCCCGGGAACAGGAUACACAUGUGGCUCAUGUCCGAAUGGGCUUACGGGUGAUGGGAAGGAAUGCUACCCCAUUUCUAAAGAUGAAUUAUAGAGGAAUGCUCACUUAAAAUAUUAAAAAAAUAUAAUGUAUUAAAUUCAUAAGGAAUGCAAGAGAGAAGAACAUUUAAUGAGAAAAAUAA